AUGAUGUUAUCGAAUUCAAUAAAAGAUACGUUAAAUUCUGAAUUUCCAUUUAGGCAGGUACAAAUAAAUACGUUGGCUAACUUAUUUUUAAAUGAAGAUGAAGUUUUACCUCCAUGUGUUUUUAUCCAUGGUCUACCAUCUACUGGUAAGACAAGUUUAGUGACUCGUUUGAUCUUUUUACUUGGAGAGUCAGUCAAAUCAUCCAUUGUGAAUUCUAUAUGCUGUUACACAAGUCGAUUAUUAUUUGAACCUAUUUUAAAAGAUUUAUUAAAAAUUAAGCAAAGUGACAUACCCAAUAGGUGUGAUAAUUUUAUGCAAUUCUUAAACAUAUUGAAACAAGCUGAGAUUCAAAAAGAACAAGUGAUUAUAGUGUUGGAUAAUUGUGAGAUGUUAGGACAAGAACAAAUAGUUUUAUUUUCAAAAUUACAAGAGCUAAUAAAAAGUUACCAGCUUUGUGUUAUAUUUAUCAGCCAAGUACUUCCUUCUAAAUUUGAUGAGGACAUUAAUUGCAUACCAAUAUUGUUUGAACAGUAUAAUAGUGAUGAUAUAUCUGCUAUUUUGUUAAGAGAUAAACCAAACAAUUGGAGUUUAUCUAUUUACCAAAAUUUUUUAAAUGUCUUUAUGGGAUCAUUUUAUGGAAGCUGUCGAGAUUUAGUAGAAUUAAAACAUUUGGCAAAACUCCUAUUCAUCAAGUAUGUAGAGCCAAUAGAAGAUGGAUCAUGUACAGAAACUAACCAAACUUUACUAUUCAGAAAAAUAAGUCCUAGUAUUCACUUAUUAUUAAAUAAUGUUUAUCUAGGAACAAGUUUGGAAAAUGUCAAUAGUUUGUCUGAUGAGAAAAUAACAUUUGAAAAAUUUGCUCUGGAUUUACCAUAUUAUGCUAAAUAUUUUUUAAUUGCUGCAUAUAUUGCAUCAUUUAAUUUACCAAAAUAUGAUAGGCAAUUGUUUGUUAAAGCAUCAAACAAAAAAAGAAAAACCAAUCGGCUAACAAAUAAAACAGAAAAUUCUGCUAGUCAACUAGUUGGACCUAAAGCUUUCUCGUUAGAUCGUUUAUUAGCAAUAUUUUAUGCUAUUAUUGAAGAAAAUACAAACAUGACUGCCAACCUUUUAGCGCAAAUUAAUACAUUAUCAGAUUUGGGACUUUUAAUACGUUUAGGCGAUGGUAAAUUGGAAACCCCUAAAUACAGAUGUAGCGUUAGUUUUGACUGUGUCUCUAAUAUUGCUCGGACAGUGAAGUUUAAUUUAAAUAAAUAUCUUAUAGAUAAGUUAUAA